AUGGACGCGAUGACUUACAUAGUUAGUGUAAGCUUGAACUACACAUUGAAGAGUGCCAGAAGUGGAAACAGCAAGCUGAUAUUACUAGAAAACGAUAAGUACCUCAAAGCUUUGAAAGAGUUUAAGAUCAAGUCUAUCCACUGGUCGAUCAAAUUUUUUGAAGACAAGCAAAUGGAUAUGACCAGAAACUUCCAUCAAAUGUUCAUUUCUAGGUUAGUUAAAGUGCGGAAGGAAGAUUAA